UGCACGUCGAGACUUAUGUGACUGAUAUGCUAUGGUGUACUCCAACUGCCAAGUGAAGAUGAAGGCCUCUAAUUACUCGGCGCUAAAUUUGUUAUUAUAGCCUCUCAACAAGCUUGUUACUCAUCCUGAGUAAACUAUAAAGCUAACUCACAUUUCUUUACUGUAGUUCCAACAACUCUCCGCCAGUCGCAUGAUUUAUACGUACCCUGUCAAAGGGGCUGUGGGCGCUGAUUGGAUUUCGACGUCGCUUCCCCAAAAUGGCAUAAAUCGAGGCUGAGCAAUGGAAUACAACAAAGAGUCAUAUUUCAGGUAAAGAGAUGGGAUCAUGGCACUUAUACUGGCCGUUUUCAGAGGCAGGUGGCUUUGUCCCAAUACUUCUUUUGUUAUUUCGAUAUUUUAUAUUCGAGGCAAAGCUGGCAAAGAAAGUGAUUCUUCAAGCAUACAUUGCUGCAUUUUAAUAUAGUUUGGAGCACAGAUACUGAAAAUCGAAUGCCUAUCUUUAGCGACGAGGACCUCGUGGAGCUCAGUCUCCUCCGCGCUAACGAGAUUGAUGAGCUUGUUGAACACGGCCUGAUCGAUGCCUCCCACCGAUUCGACGAAGACCUCCUCGAUAUCCUCGUUUUAUCAUACCCAGAACUAACGAUCUCGCUGCACACCGGGCCAACAUACCCCGCCGAGCAGCUCCAAGUCGAGAUUGAGAAUAUCUCGCUGCCUCGUCUUGCCGUGGACGAGCUGCGCAAUGCAGUACGGGAGAUAGUGGCACGGGAUGCAGAUACGAACAACUAUGAUGGAUGGCGCAGGAGAGCUCAUAGUGAUGAUUUUGGGAUUUUUGAAUUUGAAAUGUCUGCAUUUCAUGUGGCUCGGAGGGCCUUUGGGCACCUCGAGAGUUAUCGAGACUCGAUUAUGGGACCCCGAGAAGAAAGCGUGGAAGAUCGAGCAGGUGCUAAGUUCAAAAAUGAUCUAGUCUCUGGCGAAGGUAUAGACUUAUCAUCUAUCACCAUAGACAGGAAGGCUUCCGAUGUCCUGGGUAAAUUGCCAGAUGAGAUCUGCGCUCUCGUCCCCCCUUUCUUCCGAAUACUUCACGUGGAGAGCGUCCUCCGUGAUAAUCUCUACUCCAAGUUUAUCGCAUGCCAAAACGAGAUCCGCGACCAACUCACAGCACUGCCACGGCAUGAGCUCAUGGCCUGCAUCACUAAGGAUCAAAGCAGUAGGCGCGACACGGUCGAGGAGCUGGUCGAGCAUAUCGCCGCUCCCAAACUUACCUUCCACGGCACCAGUAACCGUUUCGUCCCCUCCAUCGUACAGAACGGCUUUCUCGCGCCGGGGGCCAUAAACCCCACGACCGGCGAAGCUCUUCCCGUCCGCUGUGGAAGUACUUACGGCCGGGGGAUCUACUCCUCCCCUUCAGCCGAGUUCUCUCUCUCCUACUCUGGCUCCGAGGCGCAACCCACUGCACCCGACGGCUUCUGGGGCUUGAAGCUACUCGUCUGCGCGACGCUCAUGGGCCGCUCCGCACAGAUGUUCCGUGAUGACUACUGGUGGACGCGUAGUGGGCCAUAUCCAGGCGCUCAUAGCCACGUCGGCAACUAUGAGUAUGAAUAUGUCGUAUUCAAUAGCGCCCAAAUACUGCCGUGCUACGUGAUUCACCUUGACUGGGGAGCAGAUAACAGGUAUUUCUUUGCAGACAUACCCGAGGACAAGGCAAGCUUUGUAGCGCAGGCCAAAAAGCAUCCGAAGCUCUUGGCCGAGCCGAUGGCGCCUGGGGAUAAGCAGCGAGCGAAGGAGGCGCUGGUAGCCAAGGCGUCGAAGUACUUUCCGUACGGGUACGGACCGGCGACAGGGACGUCAUUUGUGGUUGAGGAGGUAGGUGAGGUGGACGAGGACGAGGAGGAUUACGGGGAGUACCAGCGUGACAGGAUCGAUGAGACACAUGAAGAGAGCAACUUUUGGAAGUGGAAUGAUGAGCCCGCGGGGUUGGAAAUGGACGAGUACAGCCGCGCGCGGCGUGGAAAGAGAAAGGGGGGGGAUAAAGACUAGACGGUCCGUAUAAAGUCUGGGUAAGGGCCUGUAUAACAGUUACAUGGGUGAAAGGACAGACUUCAAUAUAUCACCC